UCCGUUCAAUUUCCGCAAAUAAACAAAGAGUUUGAUAGAAGAAAUUAAUUAUGACAGGCUGUGAAACAUGAGAAUAUUGAUAUAUUUAUGGAUAGCUUUUAUCUUUACAACUGUGUCUACAGGAGAUGAAACAUUUCAGCUAAAAUAUUUUGAGACUUUGAAGUCAUCAGAUAUUCGAUCAAGAGUCAGAAGAAGUCCAGACCCAAAUCCAGCAUCACGUUUACAUGAGUUCUGGUUUUCAUCAUUCGGAAGAGAUUUUCAUUUAAUGUUAAAGCAAUCAUCUGUAGUGACUAGAAAAACUAAAGUGACACUAAUCACGCCAAGUGGGGGCAAAGUUGAAAACCAGUUAAAUUUACAAGAUUUUUUUACUGGAACAAUAGCAGGUGACGAUGACGCCCAUGUGGAGGCUCAUUGGGAAGACAAUCUACUCUCAACCUAUAUCACAACAGCAGACGACAUCUAUAUCAUAGAGCCAUCAUGGAGAGUUCUAGGAGAAUCAACAAAUCACAGUUUAAUAGCAUACAGAAAAUCUGAUGUCAAAUUAGAGGAACUUCAUCAUGGAGGAGAAAAGGUGAGGUUUUGUGCACAAGAUGAUAAGUAUGAUAAAAGACAUAACAGAGCCAGUGAAUAUUUCCUCCAGAUGGCAGCACUUAAUACUCAGACACAAACAGGUCAAAGUAGAGUUAAAAGAGAAAACAUAAAAUCAUUUGGAACAAAGAGAGUUUGCAAGUUAUUUUUAGUUGCAGACUACGAAUUCCAUAAAAACGUUGGUGACGGAAGAGCUCAUACCACAGCUAAUUAUAUUAUAGGCACUUUGAACAAAGUAAACGAAAUAUUUAGAAGAACAAAAUGGCCAGAUGAUAAUUCAGAUCUUAUUGGUUUGGGAUUUGAAAUUGCAGAGCUCCAGAUUCAUCAGAACUAUUCGGCUGAAAAAGGUCAUUAUAAUUAUGGUCCUAUGAAAAAUUGGACUGCAAACACAUUAUUACAGGCAUUUAGUCGUGAUGAGCAGUUUCGUGGAUUCUGCUUGGCUCAUUUAUUUACAUUUCAUAAAUUUGAACGGGGAGUUUUAGGACUUGCUUACAUUUCAUCACACAAAGAAAAAGAUCCAGGUGGUUUGUGUUCCUGGGAUUUUUUCCACCAGGGGCAUAACUCAAUGUUGAAUACUGGUCUUAGUACCAGUAAAAACAGUAAAGGUCAUCGCAUUCUAUCACUAGAAGCAGCAUUAGUUACUUCUCAUGGUCAUAACUGGGGAAGUGAACAUGACCCUGACACAUCAGACUGUGCCCCACCCUCUGAGAGAGGAGGACAUUACCUCAUGUAUCCUUAUGCAGUUACUGGGUAUGACCAAAAUAACAAGUUUUUCAGUCAAUGUAGUAAGCAGUAUAUAUUUAAAGUUUUAGAAUCAAAAGGACCUAGAUGUUUUACAGAAAGUUCUGAUGUGACAUUUUGUGGGAAUGGUAAACUGGAGGAGGAUGAAGAAUGUGAUGCUGGUUACUAUGGUGAUAAUUGUUGUGAUAGAGAUUGUAAACUCAAACCAGGUGCAAUAUGUAGUGGAUGGAAUUAUGAAUGCUGUGUGCGUUCUACAUGUAAAAUAGCAGAUAAAAAUACUUCUUGUGGUGUUGAAAAUACUCUAGACUGUAAAGGGGACGCUGUGUGCAAUGGAUCUAGUCUCAAUUGUCCUGAACCUAGGAUCAAAAACAAUGGCCGACCAUGUAUAGAUGGAGGUAUAUGCAAAGAUGGUGUCUGUCUGAACUUCUGUGAAAUUAAAGGCAAAGUACCUUGUAUAUGUGAUCCAGAAACUGGUUAUGCAUGUUUUAAAUGUUGUAAAUACAAUACUACCAACUCAACUUGUCAAGUAGAUGAGAGAAUGGUAGAAUUAACAGACGGCAGACCUUGUUACCAUGGUUACUGUGAAAGUGGUCAUUGUAAGAAGCAAGUGUCAGAUAUGGUUCAGCGAUUAUUCAGUAUUAUAGAAAAUAUUACAGCUGAUGAAUUUGUGGCGUUUAUGAAGAGUAACAUUGUAGGAACAAUCAUCAUAUUCUCAUUAGUUCUAUGGAUUCCGGCCAGUUGUACAUUCAGUUAUUUCGAUAGAAAAAAUGACAGAAAAUUAAAAAGAAUGAGAAGUAGGAUGAAUAAUGUGUUCAUAUUAGACGAAGAUAAAACCAAAAUAAGGCAUGCCGGGAACUUUAAACUCAAACCUGCCGGUAGCAUUAUACGUCAACAUGGCAUCCGUCCAUUACCCACAAUUCAAAGCUUCGAUUACCUGGACACAGAAAGAGAAUCAAAAGUUUAAUGGAAAAUUUACAGAACAAAUAUAUUGUAUGGAGAAGAGGGACCAAAAAUUAAGUUAUCAUAUAUUUGUCUACAGUUCUUUAUGUUUAUGUUAAUUUUUUUUAACAUUUUUGAAAAUGAGAGAAAAAAGAAAAUUAUCAGCAACCAACAGUUAAUGUACUAAUCAGCCCUAACCAAUGCAGCUGUUUUAUUUGAAUAUAAAUAAUUUUAUUUUUAAUGAUUUGUAACAGUCCUUAUAAUUUCCAUGUAUCUGACUGUGUUUCCGUAUGUUUUUAAAUUUCUUUUUUAUUUAAAAAAAAGUGUUUUGAAUACUAUUUACAACCAACUGUAUGUAAUAACAAGAUUCUUAUUGGCUCUAACAAAAAGCAGCUGUUUUAUUGAAAUAUGAUCCAUUUAGCUCCAGUAUUUAAAAAUUGCAAAAUGUGUUACCUUGCUUUUUUUUUAGAAAUGAGCAGCCAACACCCUUAUUUAGAAAUAUAACUACAUUUAUUGUAUAUUUUGAAAUCACAGAAAAGAUCUAAAUGAAAAAUACACAUGAUCAUAGACACAUUUUGUCCUCUAACAAAAAAAGGGUUGAAAGUAGUCAGGGUUACCAUGGUUACAGUGAAUAUUGAAUUGAUGUUAUUAAGGUGGUACCCAACACUUUCACUGAAAUUAAUUUGGCUUGUUUAAUUUUCAUAAAAUUUGCUCAAAGUAUUUACUUUGACACUUUAACAAAAAAAUCAAAAUUUAAAAAAACUUUGAACCAACUGUUUUGUCAGAAAAAUUACACCGGUUAUAUAGCAAUUUGACAACCACCAAUUUUGAUCAUUGAGAAGCUUACUAUUCCUUUUACAACACAAUGUAAUUAAAACGUUUAGCUGACUUUACAGAGUUAUCUCCCUGUAGUAUUAGGUACCACCUUAAAUCAUAAUUUUUUUUUAAAUUUCAUUAAAAAACAUGGAAGAAAUAGUUGAGAAAAUCUAUCAUAACUGGAAAGAAUUAGCUAUACAUGUGUUAUAGAAAUACAAAAACGUCUUUUAUAUAAUUGAUGUCAUGAAGCAUUCAAAAUUGUCCAAUCAGAAUUAACAUUGCAAAAAUAUAAGAGAUUGGACUUUAUGUAUACAUUAUUUUAUCAUGCUGCUAAAAAACUAAAUAUUUCUUAUUUUAAAAAAUGAUUUUAAAAGGUUGUUUUAUGUCAUUUCAAAUUUUAUACAUAAAAACAUUUAACAUUUUUGUUUUUAAAAGAAUGAGUAUUUAAUCAUGAAUGUAAUAUGUGUUCAAUAUGUGUAAAUUAUACUUAAAAUUGUGUAUGUGUAUUGUUUAUUCAUUUUAACUGGACUCAUUAUAUAUAACUGGAAAUGUGGAGGACUUUAUCUCCUAAUGUCUAUUUGUAUGUUUAUCAAAGAGUCUAUUAUUUUCCAAAUAUUUUUCUUUUUUCUUCAAAUUAUUCCAGCUGAAAUAUUCAUAUGAUUUAUUUCUGAAAUAUGAAUGAAAAUAAGGAAAGCAUAGAAUGUGUCUUUUAUUUAGCUAGUUAACAGGAUUGUCAAAGUUCUGGUGAACCAUUUUUUAGGAGGUCAUCUUUGAUAUCUUCUUGCAAUCCAAUCUCAUUAAAAAUACAGAUUCUGUCUCCACAUUUUACUAACAAGGAUCUGACAAUGUUGUUCUUGAAAUUAUAACAUCAGCCAAUGAAGUUCCAGCUUUCACAUUUUUGAAGGUGUGUAUUAUAAGGAUAAAACCUAAGAUCCCAGACAGUGUUCAAAACAAAAAAAUAAAACGAGUUUUCAGAUCUUUGCAAGG